UUUUCGUUCUAUCAUUAACGACGUUUUCGCGAGGAAUUUUUCUCCUACAAACUGAGUCCAAACGAAGAGACGAUAUUCGAGAUUAUUAGCCAGUUAAUAUUACUGAAUCAAUUGAUUGAAGUGGCAGUGCAUUUAGGACUUAUUCUUUAAAUAACGACUAGACUGAAUAGGUAAACAUUGAGUGUUGGAAUUGAUACACGUGGUGCACCUUGCAAGACGCUGUGGCCCAACUUUGCUGUUACGGGGUAGGAGAAUUUUCGUUUUCUCGGACGAUACAAAAUAUGGCUUACAAUUAAUGGUGGAUAUACUUUGGCGGAUCAAUUCAGGUGAAGUAUAAGCUAAACUAAACUUGUGUGCUUUGAAAGAAAAUGUACCUCACAUUACUGGAAUACUCAUUCCAUAGCUAUCACAAAACCAGAUUUAAACAGAUAAGGCAAAUUUUUCAGUACACUUAUAAAAUGCAUAAAUGAAAUAAUUUCCAAAUCAAGCCUAUAUUCAAAAAUAAAUCUUAUUCCAGACUAAUAAAAAAUACUCUGUUAUUACUCAUGCAUUUGCAAUUUCUCCCCAGCUGUACCAAAUUGAUAUCAGGGUUUGGUAAAUGUCUGCUAUCUUUGAUGGCUGCAAUUGAUUAAAACUGGAGACAGUCUAAGGGCCUGGUCAUCGAAAAAUUUCUGGAAGCUAUCAUGGAUUAAGCCUAUAUCGAUAGCAAUGGAUGAUAAUACUGUUACUGAACAAAAAGAUUCAUUGUCAACUAGUAAUCUAAGAGUUGAUGUAGUGUCAAAAAAUUUGAAACGACGGAAAAGAAGUGCUCUCAUGAAUAAUAGAAGGAAACGAAAACCAAAAAAAGAUGAUAAAUUAGAACCAGUGAUAGCAAAAGACGAUACUGGAAGUUCAAUCUCAGGUGUACUAUCGAAAACUGACAUACAUAAUAAAUCAAUGCCAGAGAUGAAACAUUCUGAAAAAGUAAUUUCAUUUAAACGUCGUGAAAGCAGACCAAUUGAGUCAAAAAAAUUGGUGAAAAUCGAAGCAACGGACACCGAUAAAUCUGAAUUUGAAACUAAAGCCAUAAUUUCAGGACUGGAAACAAAAAAAAAGUCAUUAUCAGAGACACCAGUAAAUCAUAUAUACGAACUUCGAAGCAGUACAAGCAAGGAACUUCAACCAUCUAAAGCAAUAAAUACAAACUAUGACUCUGAGAGUAAAGAUUUUGAUAUACACUCAGCAAGUAGUGCAAAAUUUGAUCCAGUCCCAGCAAUAACAGAAGCUAAUGCCGAAUCGGAGUGGGAUAUUGAGAAUAAACGAAUGCAAGGGCACAGUGAGUCGAAGACUGCGGCGUUGAAUAGCUGCCCUAGCUUGGUAAUACGAAUUUUAAAUACAGUAAUUGACAUGAAAAAUCAUUCGAGGCAAAAAUCUACAGAACCAAUAGGAAAAUGCACCAGUUCAUCGAAAAGAAACCCACAAAGAAGGCACUCUGAGAGUGAAUCUAAGUCAUCUCUCAGCACUAAGACACCAACUGGUCCAAUAGAGAAAACAAAAAAGUUGAAAGAUCAACAUGCAUUUAAAUUAACAACUGGGCGGCCAAAAACAUUAGCAAGAACAAGAUCGAUCAAAGAGACUAGCAACCCUUUAAAUAAGAUUAGUUUGGACUUGUUGAAAGAAAGUUGGAUGAGAACCAUUGAUGCUGUAGCAUCAGGAAUAAUUGAGCCAAGUACCAAAAGAUCAUCUGAAACUAAAACCGCAAACAAUUUGGAAAUACCAGAAACAACCGAAAUAAAUAAUAAUCUCUCAGAUAAUGCUGAUAAUUUACCUUCAACAAUUGAAUCAAAAAUUGAUUCCCUAUCAAAAACAACAAAUCAGAAACAUAAAAAAAAACGUUGUGGCAAACCAAAAGAUCAAAUUGAGAAUUCAGCUAUAUUAGAGACGAAUUGCAAACCUACUGGUCGAAAAUCAUCAAAAUAUCCAACAAUAUCGAAUUCAAAAGUCAAAGAUAGGACAUCUGAUAAUAAAACCAGCCAAAAUUCUAUUUUUAGUUCAGCCGGAAGUCGUCAUCUAUUGCUCGACAAAUCAUACCAGCCAAAAGUUUUACUUCCUAAUAUAGCAUAUACUAACAUCUUAUCACCAAAACACAGAAAAAUACUUUUCCAUAAAAAAAAAUCUCUGACAAACGCCAGUUUGGAAACCCGAUCAUAUUUAUCAUUUGAUAGUGAUACUGAACAAACAACAUUCAAUCUGACAACAUCCUCAGAACAUCAGAAUCUACAUAGGACUCCAGAGAUAAUUUCCACUCCCAAGCUGGAAAAGCACAAAUAUCCAACAUUCAAAACUGAACUCUUGUAUAAAAAAACUGAUGCCGGAGGCUUGACAGAAUCAAAUGUUUCAUGCUCAGAAACGAAGCCUAAAAAGCAAUCACUGACCAAAAUAGGAUUACUAAAACAUACAGAGCUUCUAUGUGGAUCAAAAACCAACAGCAGUAUGAGUGAAACGGAUGGUAUAUCUUCAAUGAACAAAGAAGCCGUAGGGAAUAAACUAGUAGCUGGUCCUCUGAUCACUGAAUUAUCUUUAGAAAAGAGCAGAUUAACUGAAAAUAGUAAUGUUUCAUUAAAGUCAGUGCAUCCUGUACUGCUACGACCACAGCCUAGUUCAAUAAAACCCGAAUUUGAAAGAGUGAAGCCGAAAUCACCUCCACAUGCGAUUCUGCACAUUCGACAAAGACUUCAAAAGCUUAAAUGCGAAUCUGAAAACGAGACUCCUCGAUCCACAAAAUACGGCGAUGUUUCAAUUGCAGAACCGGUGUCUGCAACAAAUAGGCAUACUAUUCGACGUGAUACCUCAUCUUCAAAUGUUACAGAUCUUAGCACUUCUCUUAUGGCAAGUGAUUGCCACAUCAGUUUUGAACAAUCGCAAAAUAUUGGUGAUUUUGGGUCAACUAAUAGUGUUCAUAAAAUAAGAGUUUUACGUAAGACCGCCUCCAAAAGUGAGAACUCUGCAUCAUGUUCUUCAGCAAAAUUUGGAAAGCUAUGGCAAACUGCCAGAGCCCCUUCGACAUGGGCCAGAAAAAAAAACACCGCCAAGAGUGAAAAACCGUCUGUACCUGUAUCCAUAUCUGUUGAUAAUUGUGGUAACAGUUUGUCUACAAUUUAUAGAGAAUUAGAUGAAUUUAUCCACAUCAAAAAAAAAGACCCUAAAAACUCAGAAACCGAAUCUCAAACAAAGUCAAAUUUAGGUAAAUACCAAGCACCUCUACAUCUUGAGAACUCGUCAUGUUCUCUUGGCCUCAGAACUACACAUCUCAAACACGAACCUUUAAUAGCACACCGAGUCACCAGUAAUCAGAUGAAUCUAAAUAAUCCUGAUCUACCUUUGUCAGCAACGACUCUGGAACAUAAUAAUAAUGCACCUACCACCCAAACUUCGUCUCAAUGUAAAAUACAACAGUCACUAGAUCGAGGGCGAAACCUCCCAAAAAUCAUCAGCAUUGAUGUUUUUCCCAAAGGUACAAUACCACUGUCUAUAAAGGGUUGUACAGCGAGCAAACCAUUCAUAGAUGCAACUGAUACUGAGAAAAAGAUACACUGUUUGGAGAAUGUGAGCAAGAUCAGCAGGUAUGAAAAUAUAACACUAGAAACAAAUCAGAGCCAAAGCACGAAUGAAUUACUACAUGACAUCGAUGACUCUAAUGAAAUUUCAACACAUGCAUCGGAUGUUGAAAUAAUUGAUGAUUGGCAUAGUAUUGGCAAUAGUGCAAUGGAUGGUUUCACAAAACAAGACACACAAAUUUCUCCAUUUACCCAUGAAAAUGAACAAUCUGCCAAAGUAACACAAGCUGAGGCUACACACCAAAAUCCUACUGUUUCCCCACAUCAAUUUGAUUCUAAAAACUUUUGGAAAAUCUGUCCUGAAUUGGUAACAUUUUAUAAUAAUGAUGUCAUUAACAAUAAUGAUGAAGGUAGAUCCCCUAAUUCGGAUGCAUUUGAAGUUAGUGGUGAUAAUAAUUACGCUUCUAUGGGUUACACCGCCAGGGAAAAUAAACUCAAUUUUCAAGAUGAGGACCUACAAUCAAAUGUUGACACACACUCUAAAGAAUACGAAAAACAGCCUACAAGGUUUAAUGAUAUGGUUUUUGUGAAUGAUGAUCACCACGAAAUAGAUCAGCAAAUAUCAGAACAUACAUUUACCAAACCAAUUACAUCGAAAACUUCUGUAAAAUCAGAUUUGACCAUAGCCAACGUAAAAAAAUUCACCGAUAGUAUGACCGACAAUGACAAGCCUAACUUAAACUGGUUUGUUGAAACGCAUCAAUAUAUUUCAUCACCUAGUACUAGUAAAAAACAUAUCAAACCAGUUGAAACAAUUCCUAGUUCUGCCAGCCAACUGGUAGAAUCUACUACAGAUCAUCAGAUGGAAAAUCUCCAAAAUCAGUACAAGCAGCGCAAGCGAAAAUGGUUAUCAGACGACGGAAGGAACAAAAAUUCGGAUCGUAGCAAACAAACAAGAUUGAUACUCAAUAGAAAUAGUUGGAAUAUUAAUCAAGAAGAUUCCGAAAAUGUUAGCAAGUCUCAAAAACCAAUCUCAGUUGAUUGUGUAGCUCGUAACAACUUGGAAAAUGUAACCGUUGCAACUACAAAGUUAUCUGAUGAAUGUAAUGUGAUAAAAAGUCAAAGUAAUCAAACACAAUGUGAAUAUCAAUCCCUCUAUGAGUCAGACCAAAAAAGUAGCUGUUACAAUAAAACAAAUAAGAAAGCUAGGAUUGACAUUUCAACUAGAACUUCCGCAGACUUGAUUGUCAAUGUAGAAUCCAGUUAUUCUAAAGAAGAUCUCGGGAAUAAUAAUGUUGUGCAAGUUGAACCUUCAAUUAAAUCUUCCCCCAUAAAAACUCGGCAGUCCGGUUGUAACACCAGAAUAGACAAGAAUGGAAACUCAACGUCAUCAAGCUCGUUACAAUCUUCAUCAUCCUCGAAGACCACUUCUACGAACAUUAGUCCCACUGGAUCUACCAAAUCAUCAAAGUCAGAAACAAAAACAUCUAAUGUUGAGAAAAUGAUGAUUGAUGGAACUGAACCCAAAAAUGCAGAUAAACAAGAAGACGAAGAAUUGAACUAUGAGUACAGCGAUGAUGAUUAUAUUUCUAUAUUUGCAGAUUCUAUUCUAACAGGCUUGGAUCAAAGUCCAACGUAUACGGAUGAUGUUGCGAUGUCACCGUGUGUACCAAAUUCGGAAUCCAACAGUAAAUUUAGGGAAAUGACUGACUUUGGUGCUUACGUUCAGAAAAAUGUAGAAGAAUGCAAUGAGGCUUACAAAUUCUACACACAAAAAUCUGCAAAUGUAAAUAAUCAGAAAAAUGCUGAUAACUUUCCAUGGCACGGAACUUCCAUUCCAGAAGCAAACAUUGUGCCAUUACCUAUGAAUCCACUAGGACAAAAUUGUCCUAAAUUGGAGAGAAUUAAUUUAAAAACUCGACUUGGUUUGAGCCAAGGUGCACCAGGUGCAUUCUCUAAGCGUGCUAUGAAUGUGUUGAGUGGGCAAUGCUUUGCCAGGCUAAAACGAGGUUCGUGCACGAGGAAAAAUUGUCAUUGGAAUCAUUCCCUGAAUCGGGAGCUGCAAAAUCUUGAAUAUGAGAGUCCAGAGAUGAUUCAUGAAGUCAUCAAAUUAGCAAUUGUCAAAGGCCUCAACUUCUUCGUACAAUGUGCGUAUGCUAGAUUGACAGUAAAAAUGAACUAUGACAAUGUCAUCAGAUUAUUCUCUAGCGUGUACAAAGCCGGUAUGUUGAACACAGAGAUGAUGAAAAGUACAUUACUUACACUAACUACGAUUGACAUACCUCUACCAGCCAUUGUGUCUGCACUGGCGAAUUUGCUUAGUGAAAAUGAUAGUCACUCAGCCGAGUCUAUAUUAAUUUUUGUUGGAGAGAGAAUUUCGUCAGGAGUUUAUUGGAACACGGUUCGUGAUUUGCUUAUUAAAAUAAAACCACCAGAUAUGAGCAUAGACAUUGUCAUAAGUGAAUGUGUCAGCCUCCACGAGAACAAAGCACACAUGAGAGAUGUGCACGAUAACUUCUAUAAAAGACUUACAAUGGAGCAGCUAACAAGUAUGAAUGUUAAUCUUAGAAAAAGGUUCAAUUACUUGCUGUUAGAUAACGAUCUAAUUUAUCCACGGGUGAGUUCCGGCCGAUUAUUGAAAAGUCCAGCUUUGGAUAAUACAGAAAGUAAAUAUGUAACGGUAAACACUAAUAUAAAAAAAACGGAAAUACCUACUAUUUCGUCCCCUGACGCUACGCAAUAUUUCGAUGACAUGCUUCCAAUUCCUUAUCACGAUCUACAACUAAGUCAAACAUGCCAGAAAACUAGCUUACAAAAGCAGUUAAUGAAGCAACCUAUGAUGAUAAACCAAGGUAGUAGCAGGAGCGGAAGGGACAGCUACACUAGUUCUGUUCACCAUGGAGGAGCUACUAACUCACAAUAUAAUCCAAUGAAUAAUCAAAAGUCGUCAAACCUGAAUGUACAAUCUGACACGACAGAGGUACCAAUCACUUCCUGGAAACUGCAUGAAAUAGAAGGCCUGUGCGCACCCCAUUCCAGCCAUAGCAGAGAACGUCAUUGGAAGUUUUACCUUGACAUGAAGAUUUUGACAGAAGCUCUGAAACGUGAAGAAUAUGAGCAUGUCUUGAAGACCCUAAACGAAUACUCGGAUACAGAGAGAUCAUUAUUUACAACAAGCUGCUUUAAGAUGUUACAUCAAACCGUAUUGGCAUCAGCGCGUCAUGUGAGAAACAUGAUAAAAUUAUCAGUCCGGAUGGGGGUUCAAAUAUCUCUGAGUGAAACAUUGAUCUCUUUGGGAUUAUACACGAUGAUCGAGUUGUGCGAUGCCAAUGCAUGGAUACUUGCAUAUAGCUUAUUGAAGUCCAUGCAAUGCAUUGGCUUUCAAGAAAAUACUGCUACAAUUGUUCUGCUCCUUGCAGAAAUUUAUAUAGCUAACAGACGUCCAUUGAAGGCAUUCGACAUAUUGAAACAAAACAACAUGUUUUACACAAAACCUGAUAAAUGGCGUGUUAGUAGCAAUCCAAACGACGACCUUCAUAGAACGGUGAUUAUCGAACUAUUGUUGGAUUUACUUUGCCAAGAAUUUAUCGAAUGGGCGUUUUAUCUAUUCACAUAUCUUCUUAGGGAGCAGACACACAUAUAUCAUCCCAUAGAUCUUACCGCACGCAUAGAUAAACUUGUGUUGGGUAUUCUAAGAACUCAACCCGAUGAUGUAGUCAUUGAAGUCGGAAGAUUGAUUCUUGAUAAUAUGUUCACGCUCAAGAGUUCUGUAUUCCGCUCUCUUGUCAUAAAUAUUUGUCGAAAAGAUGAACGACUCUCUAGACAACUAUACUACUAUAGUAGCUGGCUUGGAGUAUAUCCAAUACUACAGUUGGAAAUGCCUUUACAUAUAUUAAUCAAGACACAUUGGACUAAAGAAGAGAUGUAUCUGGUCAUGACAGACUUCCUAGAGAAACUCUCAAUGAACAUCGGUCCCACUGUUCAACGAUUAUGUUCUAAUCAUUUUUCAAUCUAUUUGGUGUUCGAGCUCGAACCAUUCAAAAGGCGGCUGUUUGACGAGGAUGAUCAAAUCUGCAAUAUAGAUGAACUGAAAUCUAGUAAGGAACUUAUGAAAAUUGUACUUCAAGAACAAUUUAACCCUUCUAUAAGAACAGUUGUUGCUGAAAGUGAAAGGAUUGUUAAAUUGCUAAGUAGCAGCAUUGUCAAUUACUUGAAAUCGGUACACUUGCAUAACGCUCAAGGCUAAAAUUAAAUAUGAAUAAUAAUAGUUCAUGGGAUUGUGUUUAGUAGUCCAUGUGAAACUGAACUAUCAUCCUGCUGGACGUUGAAUGAAAAUUUUAUUUGAUAGACUUUUACCCGAUAAUUAGAUGCCAGUAGAUCGUUGAAGAAUAUUUGUUUUAUUUAGCCUAUAAGGAAAAAUAUUAGCAAAUUUAGUUUUACAGUGAACGUUUUUUUAUAGGAUAUAUUCAAAUGUCGACUAUUGAACAUCAUUUGUGCGAUCUCAUAUUCCUCAUUUUAUAUUGUUUUUCUCCUCAAUCAUAGUAGUGCUGAAUUCUAAACGCCAUCAAUAGAUAUGAUAGAAUGAUAAUCAAAUUGAAAACUCUAUAACAUUAUCAAUUUUCUGGCGAAAUAUCACUGAGCCUUUCGUUUUUUUAUCUUCCUUCACUGACUGUAUCUCUCCCAGAUUUCAUCAUACAUCUCAACCGCAAUCACAGGCAUAGAAUCCAUCUACAAAAUCUCAAAAUGAAAAACAAAAUAAAAAAACAAAAUUGGAGACAUUUCUAUGUAUAGUACUAAAAUGCAAGGAAUCAGAUCCCAAAUACUUACAUUUUUAUAUUCUACAGUUUAAUCAUUUUAUUUUAUGAACGUCACAUUAACUCAAAAUAUUAAAUACUGACAGCGAAUGUUGAUGAGAGUGAAAUCAUGUUCACAAAGAUCAUAAAUGCGCAUAUUUAAAUACGCCUCAUUCGGUCCCAGAAUUUUAAACAAUUGUAUUAUUAUCAUUGUUAACUGCACUAAAUUUUUUUCUUGCGUUUUACGUACAAACCAAUCUUAUAACCAAUGAGACUGAACUUCAGCUUCCACUUAGCAAACCGCCAAAUACAAUUAGUGACUAUUAUUUUAAAUACACUAGCAAACAAGUAAGAAUCUCAAAUCACAUGCAGGUGCCAUGAGAAGUUUAUAAAAACCAGUUAAAAUUGUGAGUGAAAUGCUUUGCCGUAUUUUAUCAAGAGACUGCAGGAGAUUAGAUGUCACGGCUUAUACUCUGUGUACUAAAAUAGUUCAGUACAAAAGUCUGACACAUUGUUCAGUCGUUUUUUCUCAAUUUCUCAAUGUACACGUAGGCAAUAAAUGAAAUCUAGAAUAC